AUCUUCAACACAUUAAAUCAUUGUCUUAAGCUAGAGUGCAACUUUCAUUUUGAUCAUUGACAGAUGUAGUUGGAGUUGCGUGGGAUAUGUCGACCUCAUUGUUAGCCCAUGAGUACCAGAAUUCAAUUUUUGGAGCCAUUGUCGAUCCUAAGGUAAGUAGCUUCGACUCCACAGGUUGCGAGUUAUUUGGUUGUUGACGUGCAUUUUUACAGCAUCGAGAGGCUUGGGUGACCAGUGUUGUCAUGUCUUUGUUGGAAGCAUUCUUCCCUCGUUACCACCACAUUUGCCAUGCGCAAGAAUAAAUCAUGCCUCAUGCAUGUUUUUCAGAUAAAUAAUCUGUCAUUACCUGUUGGUACACACCAACAACUUCUCUUUUCCAAUGUACGCAUGGCUUACGACGAUUUAUUGGCCUCCUUACAUUUUAUUAAUAUUUUAUCUUUUAAUUAUUGAAAUUCAUGAUAUUUAUUCUCAUCCACUCAUUUUAACGAAUACAUUACCUAUCUCAUUUUAACAUCUAAUACAUGACCCUAUUCUGAAUACAUUACCUAUCUCAUUUUAACAUCUAAUACAUGACCCUAUUCUGAUGUACUACUACUUAUAUAAAAUUACCUAUUUCAUUAUGACAUCCACUCAUCCACUCAUUUUAACGAAUGCAUUACCUAUUUCAUUUUAACAUCUAAUACAUGAACGUAUUCGAAUGUACUACUACUUAUAUAAAAUUACCUAUUUCAUUUUUACAUCUAAUACAUGACCCCGUUCUGAUGUACUACUACUUAUAUAAAAUUUUAACCAAAGAAAAUGAUAUCCGAGUAAAAGAGUCAAAAUAGAUGUACAAUUAUAAAUUGAGAAAAAGGGAUAAGAAAAAAUAGUACCCGACUCCAAGACAUUGUUUGGUAACCUCAAAUAUCCAGACAUACUCUUUCAUGUCUGAGUGAAGUGCUUCUUCAAAUGUGGACAGCUUCUUCCUCCGCCUCCGCCUCCGCCUCCACUUCCACCUCCGCCUCCUCCUCCUCCUCUUCCUCUCCCUACCUCCGCCACCCGAAAACCAUGGAAGAAGUUUGGAAAGACAUAACCUUCGCUGCCUCCGAUCUCCACCUCAACCCCUCCUCCCCUCACGGCGUCAUCCUCCAAGACUUCUUCUCCAAAGCUCCUCCGCCCUCCUCCGCCCCUUCCCACGCUUCUCCUCCGCCUCCUCCCCCCACAAUGCUCACUCUCAGCUCCGAUCACUUCGGCACCCUCCUCUUCCAGCCCCACCACCGCCACCCCGCCGCCUUAGACGCCGUCGUCCCCGAUGGCACCGCCGCCGCCGGAAAGAAGAGGUUCCCUGAUUUCGACAGGAGCUCCGGCGACCGCCGCCAUAAGCGUAUGAUCAAGAACCGCGAGUCUGCUGCUCGCUCCAGAGCUAGAAAGCAGGCUUAUACAAAUGAGUUAGAGUUGGAAGUUGCCCAUUUGCUUGAAGAAAAUGCCAAACUCAGAAAACAGCAAGAAAAGUUUUAUAGAGAAGCAGCUGCCGAGCACCAGAAAAGGAAGCCUCUCCAUAGAACAUCCACUGCUCCAUUUUGAAUUUUUAACUUUUUUUUUUGUUUUUUUGGUUCGAGAAAACUGGUGGGAACUCAUUACUAAUAUUAAUUAAUUUUCUAUAAUGUCUCUUGAUAUGAGUAGAAUGGAUUUUUCACUGGAGGGCCCUUUUCCUCUUUUGUUGAUCACUCCUUUGGAAUCCAUCACCAAGAUAUGAAUAUAUCUUCUUUUCUCACUGCAACUACUGCAGCUGCUGCUUUUUUUUCUUUUUAAAUUUUUUUUUUAGUUGGAAGAAAGAGAGAGAAUAUAAGUGUACUAGGUAGAAGAGAGUUGGUUUAUUGGCUGCUGCAAAAGUUUGGAUUCUUGCUGGGAACGCCUUUAUCUCAUCUGCUUCAUCAUAAUCACUUCUUUA